GGCUCAGGCUCAGAUGGGCCAUCCGUCUCACUUUCAUUCGCGAACAAUUUCUGGGGCAAAGAUGACGCUGGCGUCGGCCCUCUGCUGGACCGAAUGCACGGCGCCAAAGUCACGGGCAACGAGCUGAAAGACUUCUACCACGCGCGCGCCGCGCUCGAAGACGACUAUGCGAAGAAACUAUUGGCACUGGCCCGGAAGCCCCUGGGCUCGUCAGAAUCCGGAACAUUGCGAAUGUCUCUAGAUGUCGUGAGGGGCGAAGUCGAGUCGAUGGGAAAGGCACACCAGCACAUUGCGCAUCAGAUGCGAGGAGAAUUGGAGGAGCCGCUGACUGCAUUUACUGGCGGAAUCAAUGAGCGAAGAAAGAUCGUACAGAACGGCAUCGAAAAGCUUUUGAAGACCAAGAAUCAGCAAACCGCGCAAGUCAACAAGACGCGCGAUCGAUUUGAACAAGACUGCCUCAAAAUCAAGGGCUACCUCGCGCAAGGGCACAUGGUCAUGGGUCAGGAGGAGCGGAAGAACAAGGCCAAGCUGGAGAAGACACAGAUCCAAAUGUCGAGCAAUAGCAGCGAGUACGAAGCGGCCGUCAAGAUUCUGGAAGAGACCACAGGCAGGUGGAAUCGGGAAUGGAAAGCCGCCUGCGACAAAUUCCAGGAUCUUGAAGAAGAGCGGCUAGACUACUUCAAGAGCAGUCUUUGGAGCUUUGCCAACAUCGCAUCUACCGUCUGCGUUAGUGAUGAUCAGUCGUGCGAGAAGUUAAGACUUUCACUGGAAGACUGCGAGGUCGAGAAAGACAUCAGCACUUUCAUCAAGGAUUCCGGCACUGGACAAGAGAUACCAGACCCACCCAAAUACAUCAACUUCUGCCGAGGAGACAUUGAUGAUGUCGUGUCAAACCACGAGUCUGACGAUGGAGCCUACUCCGUCGCGCAAUUCCAAAGAACUCUAAACCCGACGUAUAGGACUUCUUCACCUCAGCCAAGCACUUUCGAAUCCCACCAUGAUCCGGACUCAAGCCUGCGUGAAGAAAUGGGUAUCCCAAAGAAUCGCACAACUUCCAUCCAAGCGGACGACUCUUUCACCUCUCAAGCUCGCAGCUCACAUGGAAGUGCCGUUGCUGCCAUGCCGCCGCCGCUGGCAGGAAGCGCAGUCUCAUCCGCCCCGUCGAAUCCGUACUCAGAUGCGCCGCAAAUUCCACACAAUCCAUACCCAGCAGAUGGCAUGACUCAAUUCUGCAGGAUUGGUCCACCAUCUGAGCGCAGCUCUAUACCAUCACCUGUCAGACCAGGCAGUCGUGACAGUCUGGAACACAGCGACUACUCGGCGCCGACUUCAUUCUCCAGCAUGGAGCCAACCAGUGGUGCUGCAUCCCCGAUCAAGGGUUAUAAUGGUCCGGAUGAGAAGACGAUCCAAAAGAAGAAGAGUGGCUUCUUCAACAGUCCCUUCAAGCGUCGCGCAAGUACCAAACGCAAAGAGGAGCCUCAAUCUGCUACUGCUACCCCAACUGGCAGGAACACCUGGACUCCAGCAACUAUGCGCAAGGCAGAGAGCGCCAGCACCAGUCCUAUCAAGCCAUUUGGAACAGCCGGCCGGGCGAGUACCUGGAACAAGCAGCCAUCUGUGAGCCCAGAUCCUGACGUAGACCCAAGAGCAGACUACCAGCUAGGCAUCGGCAACAGCACAUUCGAAGUCACACAUCCAUCCAAGAAGCAGACCUCUAGGAGUCUAGCUGACGACGAAUUGGACCCAAUCGCGCAAGCUCUUGCUGAGUUGAAGGGAGUGACAAAGCAGGCGUCGACUCGAGAAUCUGCUGAUCGCCAUUACGGCAUGUCAACACCGGCACCAGGAGGGUCAACAGGACGGUCCACGCCAGCUGGUGCCGUACCUACUCCGUUUGCAGGCACUGCCAAUAGAGGGACUCCCCCACCUGCGUACGAUCCUCCGGUGAGCAGACUCGGUGCCCCUCCGCCAGCUCAUACGAAGCGUGAAAUGCAGAAGACUGCCGAAAAGUAUGUUUCACAAAAGCGGAAUAUGUUCAACAACACAGGCGGACCAGCCCGGCCUGGCAGCUCUAUGGGCAGGCAAGAACCACCGCGUGCUGCCUCUCCACAACCUCCACGAGCGACGAGCCCACGACCUCUUCUCAAUGGUACCCAACCUGCAUACCGAGCCGCGUCACCUAACCCAUACGGCAGUACCCCUUCUGCUGCAGCGAGACCUCGUGCACAAUCGUCAAGUCCGAUAAAGCCGCAGCCGAAUUAUGGCGGAUAUGCGCCUCGAGGAGGCUCAUCAGGGUAUCAAGUCCCACGGGCAACUUCUCCGAAUCCAGCAUACAGUCGACCUGCGACGAGUGGAGGCAUGGCCAACAGUAGGCCGCCAAGCAGCCGUGGCUCAGACACUGCGGGCGGCGCGAUGGUCCUGGCUCCUGCUGGUGGUGACCCAUAUGGCUCUCAGCGUGGUGGCAGGCCUCAAAGUCAGUACUAUCCAGAGGGUAGUGGGUACGGCAGUAAUGAGGUGUCUGCCAGAGUACGAAGCCAAAGCCAAGGGACACAAAGACAAGUGACCAAAGACGGCCGUCCGAUAUUGCAUUAUGCCCGCGCGAUGUACAUGUACCAAGCUGCGAUUCCAGAAGAAUUGUCUUUCGCGAAAGGCGACAUUCUUGCUGUAACCCGUCAUCAGGACGAUGGAUGGUGGGAAGCUGAAGUCACAGGGAAACCUGGUGUUUUAGGUCUCGUGCCGAGCAAUUAUCUGAAGGCGUGUUAG